UUUUGCAGAUCAAGAAUAAAAAAUAAUGACCACCCCAAGUAAAACUCCACCUGGAGAAGAUCCAAAACAGUUGGAAAGAACUGGCACAGUGCGUGAGAUAGGCUCACAGGCUGUUUGGUCCCUAUCUUCUUGUAAACCAGGAUUUGGUGUGGAUCAGUUACGUGAUGAUAACCUGGAAACAUAUUGGCAGUCAGAUGGAUCUCAGCCUCAUCUUGUUAACAUUCAGUUCAGACGGAAAACAACUGUGAAAACCCUAUGUAUUUAUGCAGACUACAAAUCAGAUGAAAGCUAUACUCCAAGCAAGGUCUCUGUCAGAGUGGGAAACAACUUUCAUGACCUUAAAGAAAUGCGGCAACUGGAACUGGUAGAGCCAAGUGGAUGGAUUCAUGUUCCACUCACUGAUGUCAACAAGAAGCCAAUCCGUACGUUUAUGAUACAGAUUGCUGUACUAGCAAAUCAUCAGAAUGGAAGAGACACUCACAUGAGACAAAUUAAAGUCUAUACACCAGUGGAAGAAAGUUCAAUCGGUAAAUUUCCGCGAUGUACCACUAUAGACUUUAUGAUGUAUCGCUGCAUUAGAUGACUGAAUAUUAAAGGAAAUGUUUUGAAAUAUU